GAGAGAGAGAGAGAGAGAGAGAGAGAGAGAGAGAGAGAGAGAGAGAGAGAGAGAGAGAGAGAGAGAGAGAGAGACCCUGCUGACGUCUGUACCUGUCUGGUAGAAGGUUAAACUUGCCGGUAUACAGAGCAGCACUAACAUGGGCUAUUAGCACGUAGCAUGUAGCCGCGGCGGAGUCUUGGACGUUGGGGUGUGUUUGUUUCUCAGCAGUUUGGAGUUACUCAUUCACCGCAGGAGGUACGCCACACCUUACCCUGAAUCACAGGAGACACCAGGAGAGAGCCAGGAGAGCCAGGAUAGAGCCAGGAGAGAGCCAGGAGACACCAGGAGAGAGCCAGGAGAGCCAGGAGACACCAGGGGACCCAGGAGAGAGCCAGGAGACCAGAGCCACCAGGGGACCCAGGAGAGAGCCAGGAGAACCAGGAGACACCAGGGGACCCAGGAGAGAGCCAGGAGAGAGCCAGGAGACCAGAGCCACCAGGGGACCCAGGAGAGAGCCAGGAGCCCGGAGCCACCAGGGGACCCAGGAGAGAGCCAGGAGAGAGCCAGGAGACCAGAGCCACCAGGGGACCCAGGAGAGAGCCAGGAGAGAGCCAGGGGACCCAGGAGAAGUCCCGUCCCGACCCACUAGAGACCACAUCCUCUACAUGGCGGAGUCACCCGUGGAGGAACCUGUUCCAAGGUUGGGGUCACAGGACCCUGGAGAAGACCAGACCACCUCUGAUCAACCAGCUAGUACUACUGAUAGUACUACCUAUAGUACUACUGAUAGUACUACUGAUAGUACUAUCGAUAGUACUACUGAUAGUACUAUCGCAAUUACGACUGCUAAUACUACUGCAAGUACUACCACCAGUUCUACUGCAAGUACUACUGAUAGUACUACUACUACUGAUAGUACUAUUACUGCUGAUAGUACUACUGAUGCUGCUCCUGCUGACCCCAGCUCUCCUCCAGCCCCGCCAACCAGCCUGGCCCUGUCGGGGCCCCGCCCCCAGAGGAGGAGGGUCCUGCUGGCCCCCGCCCUCAGCCUGUCUCUAGGGGGUGGUGACUCCCUGGCCUCGGAGGACCUCCCGUUCGGCCUCCUGUCUCCCGACCCGGAGGACGCGGAGCUGGACCGGGUCCUGGACGGCAUGGCCACGCCCUCCGACACCGAGUCCAUGGCCUUCCCCUCCUACGACGCCGACAUGCUGGAUGAGAUGCGGCGUCUGGGUGUGGCCUCCAGCCAUCGUAGGGCUGGUGGCCCCGCCCCGGGAGCGGAGGCGGGGCUGGGCUGCCUGGAGGACGAGGUGGACGACCAGGGCACCAGGUGGCGCCGCUUCACCCCCGGGGACGAGCCCCAGGAGAGCAGGGUCAACAUGAGCCUCAUCCAGCCCUUCCUCAAGGUGCUGUCCCAUGGAGGUUACUACGGAGACGGUAUGAAUGACAUCAUCGUGUUUUCCUCCUGUUACCUGCCAGAGAACAGUCUGGAAAACUACCAGUCAGUCAUGGACCACCUGUUCAGGUACGUGGUGGGUACGUUAGACCUGAUGGUUUCUCAGGAUUACGCUGUGGUCUACCUUUGUGCUGGAGGCCAGAAGGAGAAGCUGCCAGGGAUUGGCUGGCUGAGAGACUGCUACACCACCAUCCAACGCAGACUGAGGAAGAACCUUAAGGCUCUUUACGUUCUUCAUCCCACCUGGUACAUCAAGGCCCUCAUCACCUUCAUCAAGCCCUUCAUCAGUUCUAAGUUCACCAGGAAGCUUCAGUUUGUGAGCAGCCUGAGUGAACUCUCCCUCCUGGUUCCUACUGAGCAUGUGCAGAUCCCCGACUGUGUCAAACAGUGGGAUCAGAGCGGUCCAGGAUGACGUCACCCCCCGGUGCCCAAGACGUUCUCUGAUCACAUGACCCAUGCUUGAUGUUGUCAUCAGCAAUAAAGGCGUUGACCUCAAACCUC